AUGUUCGGUCCAGAAAAUGUAGUAGAUGCUUCUGGAACGGCAUUAGCUGAGAGCGAGCCGCCGCCGGUCGACGAGCAGGGCGACGCUAGAAAGGAGCCGCCAGCUGGCUCAUACGCUAUUCACCCGCCCAGUCGCUUCCAGCUGGAAGAAGCUGCAGCUCUGAACGUACUAGAUGAGAACGGAAACGCUGUGCGCUUUGGGGGCUUGUUCGAAGAGAAGCGCACGAUUUUCUGCUUUUUGCGACACUGGCUCUGCCCAUUCUGCCAGAUGUUUGCAGAGUCGCUGGGCAAAUUGGACCCCUUGCCUCUGAAACAAGCGCAGCUUGGGCUCGUAGUAAUUGGGCAAGGGCAUUGGCACGUCACAAAAUCCUAUAAGGAGGUUAUGGGUGUACCGAGAUGGAUUCCAAUGUACUCUGAUCCCACGCGAAAAAUCUACAAGGCCCUGGGUAUGACUUUACGGACAAACGACCAAGGGCCAGCGUGCACUAAGCCAGACUACCAGACGCGCGGUAAUUUCAAAGGAACAAUGGUCGCCAUCAAGCGUGGCGUGAUGGACAUGCCCCUGAGACCCCCAGGGGAUCUCAAGCUUCUGGGCGGCGAAUUCAUCCUCGGUCCAGGACUCGAUUGCUCUUUCACUCAUCGAAUGGUGACAGUCCGAGGUCAUCUCGAUUUGCGUCGUGUCUUAGUCCAAGCUGGA